AUGGUGGAGGCGCAAGAGGCCAUUCGAGAGAGGACCACCCUGCAGUUGCAGAAGGCAGCACUGGCCAAGGAGGUGGAGGAGCUGAAACGGUCGAAGGCCGAGGAGGUAGCUGUUGCCCGAGUCGAAGUAGUCGAGUCGUUCCGAACGUCAGAGGAGCUGAAGAGUUAUAUCAUGGACCAGUUGGUAGAUGAGCAGCUUUGUUGGGAGGAGAGACUGGCGAGGUUCAACCCUUCGGUUGAAAUCAACUUCAAUAUGAGUGACAAGCCUCCUUCACCUAGUCCUACCGCUGAUGCCACUGCCAUUGCACCAGAGUCAAAGUCGGCCACCGCGGAUGCCCCAUCUACCGAGUCUUGA